GCGGCACGGCGGGCAGCCCAAGAGGGCGGGGCGGGCCCCCGCUAGGGCUUGGGCGUCGGUCGCCGGUGGGGCCCGGCGCCGGGCGUGGAGCCCCUGACAGGACAGACUCCCAGCGGCAACAGAAUGAGUGCGGAGGCAAGUGCCCGGCCUCUGCGAGUGGGCUCCCGCGUGGAGGUGAUUGGAAAAGGCUACCGUGGCACUGUGGCCUAUGUUGGAGCCACGUUAUUUGCCACUGGCAAAUGGGUAGGUGUGAUCCUGGAUGAAGCAAAAGGCAAGAAUGAUGGAACCGUCCAAGGCAGGAGGUACUUCACUUGUGAUGAAGGGCAUGGCAUCUUUGUGCGCCAAUCCCAGAUCCAGGUAUUUGAAGAUGGAGCAGAUACUACUUCCCCAGAGACACCUGAUUCUUCUGCCUCAAAGGUCCUCAGAAGAGAGGGAACUGACUCAAAUGCAAAGACCAGCAAACUGCCCACCCGCCCAGCCAGCACUGGGGUAGCUGGGACCAGUAGUUCCCUGGGCCCCUCUGGCUCAGCAUCAGCAGGUGAGCUGAGCAGCAGUGAGCCCAGCACCCCAGCUCAGACUCCGCUGGCGGCACCCAUCAUCCCCACGCCAGCCCUCACCUCUCCUGGAGCAGCCCCACCGCUUCCUUCCCCGUCUAAGGAGGAGGAGGGGCUGAGGGCCCAAGUGCGGGACCUGGAGGAGAAACUGGAGACCCUGCGACUGAAACGUGCAGAAGACAAGGCAAAGCUAAAAGAGCUGGAGAAACACAAGAUUCAGCUGGAGCAGGUGCAGGAAUGGAAAAGCAAAAUGCAGGAGCAGCAGGCAGACCUGCAGCGGCGCCUCAAAGAGGCUCGGAAGGAAGCCAAGGAGGCACUAGAGGCAAAGGAACGCUACAUGGAGGAGAUGGCUGACACUGCUGAUGCCAUCGAGAUGGCCACUCUGGAUAAGGAGAUGGCUGAAGAGCGGGCUGAGUCCCUACAGCAAGAGGUGGAGGCGCUGAAGGAGCGUGUGGACGAGCUCACCACUGACUUGGAGAUCCUCAAGGCUGAGAUUGAAGAGAAGGGCUCAGAUGGCGCUGCAUCCAGUUACCAGCUCAAGCAGCUUGAGGAGCAGAACGCCCGCCUAAAGGAUGCCCUAGUGAGAAUGCGGGAUCUUUCUUCCUCCGAAAAGCAGGAGCACGUGAAACUCCAGAAGCUCAUGGAAAAGAAGAACCAAGAGCUGGAAGUUGUGAGGCAACAACGGGAGCGUCUGCAGGAGGAGCUGAGCCAGGCAGAGAGCACCAUUGAUGAGCUCAAGGAGCAGGUGGAUGCUGCUCUGGGUGCUGAGGAGAUGGUGGAGAUGCUGACAGACCGGAACCUGAAUCUGGAAGAGAAAGUGCGGGAAUUGAGAGAAACCGUGGGGGACUUGGAAGCAAUGAAUGAAAUGAACGAUGAGCUGCAGGAGAAUGCACGUGAGACAGAACUGGAGCUGCGGGAGCAGCUGGAUAUGGCGGGUGCACGGGUGCGAGAGGCCCAGAAGCGUGUGGAGGCGGCCCAGGAGACAGUUGCAGACUAUCAGCAGACCAUAAAGAAGUAUCGCCAGCUGACCGCCCACCUGCAGGAUGUGAACCGGGAACUGACAAACCAGCAGGAAGCAUCUGUGGAGAGGCAGCAGCAGCCACCCCCAGAGACUUUUGACUUCAAAAUCAAGUUUGCUGAGACUAAGGCCCAUGCCAAGGCAAUUGAGAUGGAAUUGAGGCAGAUGGAGGUGGCACAGGCCAACCGGCACAUGUCCCUGCUGACAGCCUUCAUGCCUGACAGCUUCCUUCGGCCAGGUGGGGACCACGACUGCGUCCUGGUGCUGCUGCUCAUGCCUCGUCUCAUUUGCAAGGCAGAGCUAAUCCGGAAGCAGGCCCAGGAGAAGUUUGAACUAAGUGAGAACUGUUCAGAGCGGCCAGGACUUCGAGGAGCUGUGGGGGAGCAGCUCAGCUUUGCUGCUGGGCUGGUGUAUUCGCUGAGUUUGCUGCAGGCCACACUCCACCGUUAUGAGCAUGCCCUCUCUCAGUGCAGUGUGGACGUGUAUAAGAAGGUGGGCAGCCUCUACCCUGAGAUGAGUGCCCACGAACGCUCCUUGGAUUUUCUCAUUGAGCUGCUGCACAAGGAUCAGCUGGAUGAGACUGUCAACGUAGAGCCUCUCACCAAAGCCAUCAAGUACUACCAGCAUCUGUACAGCAUCCACCUCUCUGAACAACCGGAAGACAGUACCAUACAGCUGGCUGACCACAUUAAGUUCACCCAGAGUGCCCUGGACUGCAUGAGUGUGGAGGUGGGACGGCUGCGGGCCUUCUUGCAGGGUGGGCAGGAGGCUUCAGAUAUUGCCCUCCUGCUCCGGGACCUGGAAACUUCGUGCAGUGAUAUCCGCCAGUUCUGCAAGAAGAUCCGGAGGCGAAUGCCAGGGACAGAUGCUCCUGGGAUCCCAGCUGCACUGGCCUUUGGACCACAGGUAUCCGACACACUCCUAGACUGCAGGAAACACCUGACAUGGGUGGUGGCUGUGCUGCAGGAGGUGGCCGCUGCUGCUGCCCAGCUCAUUGCCCCGCUGGCAGAGAAUGAAGGCCUGCCUGUGGCUGCCCUGGAGGAGCUGGCUUUCAAAGCAGGCGAGCAGAUCUACGGGACCCCCUCCAGCAGCCCCUAUGAGUGUCUGCGCCAGUCAUGCAACAUCUUGAUCAGUACCAUGAACAAGUUGGCCACAGCCAUGCAGGAGGGAGAGUAUGAUGCAGAACGGCCCCCUAGCAAGCCUCCCCCAGUUGAGCUGCGGGCUGCAGCCCUUCGUGCAGAGAUCACAGAUGCUGAAGGCCUGGGCUUGAAGCUUGAAGAUCGAGAGACAGUUAUCAAGGAGUUGAAGAAGUCACUCAAGAUCAAGGGGGAAGAGCUCAGUGAGGCCAAUGUGCGGCUGAGCCUCCUGGAGAAGAAGCUGGACAGUGCAGCCAAGGAUGCAGAUGAGCGCAUCGAGAAAGUCCAGACUCGGCUGGAGGAGACCCAGGCGCUGCUGCGGAAGAAGGAGAAAGAGUUUGAGGAGACGAUGGAUGCACUUCAGGCUGACAUCGACCAGCUGGAAGCAGAGAAAGCAGAGUUAAAGCAGCGAUUGAACAGCCAGUCCAAGCGCACGAUCGAGGGGCUCCGGGGUCCCCCUCCCUCGGGUAUUGCUACCCUGGUGUCUGGCAUUGCUGGUGGAGGUGCCUCUGGGCAGGCUCUGGGAUCUGUGCCAGGCCCAGGGGUGGUGAAGGACUCACCACUGCUGCUUCAGCAGAUCUCUGCCAUGAGGCUGCACAUCUCCCAGCUCCAGCAUGAGAACAGCAUCCUCAAGGGAGCCCAGAUGAAGGCAUCCUUAGCAGCCCUGCCCCCUCUGCACGUGGCAAAGCUCUCUCUCCUACCCCGUGAAGGCCCUGGCAGUGAUCUAGCUGCUGGAGUGCUGUAUCGUAAGACUAACCAGCUGCUGGAGACAUUGAAUCAGUUGAGCACACACACCCAUGUCGUGGACAUCACCCGCACUAGCCCUGCUGCCAAGAGCCCAUCGGCCCAGCUCCUAGAGCAAGUGGCUCAGCUCAAGUCCCUAAGCGACACCAUCGAGAAGCUCAAGGAUGAGGUCCUUAAGGAGACCGUAUCUCAGCGCCCUGGAGCCACGGUCCCCACUGACUUUGCCACCUUCCCUUCAUCAGCCUUCCUCAGGGCCAAGGAAGAGCAGCAGGACGACACUGUAUACAUGGGCAAAGUGACCUUCUCGUGUGCUGCUGGCCUUGGACAGCGACACCGGCUGGUGCUCACCCAGGAGCAGCUGCACCAGCUUCAUGGUCGCCUCAUCUCCUAAAUGCUCCUUCCCUCGCUGUCCUCUUCUACACUCAGCCCUCCUGGUGCCGCUCUGCCUGAUGCAUAGCCACCAGGUAGCCCCCAGGUAGAACCGCCUGUGUAAAGCUGUUCCUGCCCUUUUCAGCUUCACUCCCACCUGUCAGUGCCCUGCCCCUGCAGCUUGACCUGGUUCCCCUAUUUCCAUUCCCUGACCUCUGCUGGAACUUGCUGUUCAAUUGCUCCCUCCUUCCUGAGGAGCCUCAGGGGCCGUGGGGGGUAGGUAGGCUGAGAUCCCACCACCAAAGGUCAAGUGAGGUCUCCCAGAUUGAAGACUUCACCCCUUGAUUAAAGUCACUUCUGCUUCA